AUGGGAAAUUGUGCUGAGCGAGAAGAAUUAGAGACUUAUAAAACUCCGAAUGAAGAGAUGCUUGAGUGGUUAAGAUCUUCAAAUACAAAUAUUAGAAAAGCAGAAUACAGCAUCAAGGGCACCACAAAGAAAGAAAUGUUUAAGUCAAUUAUCCUCAAUCAUAAAAUUCUAAACGAAAGAGUUAAACAUAGGAAAACUUUAUCUAGAAGAAGUACAAUGGACGAAGAAGAGUAA